AUGGUCUCCUCUCUCAUUGAUCAAGAGACUAAAUGGUGGAAAACUAGUGUAGUUCGGGCGCUCUUUUUGCCUUUUAAAGUGGACACUAUUCUGAAAAUUCCUUUAAGUCAGAAUUUACCGGAGGACAAUCUUAUUUGGAUUGGAAAUAAAAGGGGUGUUUUCACUGUCAAGAGUGCUUAUCACAUAGCUGCCAAUCUCCAGGAUGGUAUUGAUGUCGGGGAAUGCUCUUUUGAAGACUCAAAUGCUUAUCUUUGGAAAAAUUUGCGGAAGCUAAAACUCCCUGCAAAAAUCAAAAUAUUCUCUUGGAGAGCUUGUGUAGAUGGGCUCUCGGUGAAUGUAAAGCUGGUGGAGAGGGGUAUUAAGUCUGACUUUGAUUAUCCUGUUUGUGGGGAAGAGCCAGAAAGCCUUAUUCAUGCUUUAGUUUCUUGUGACUUUGCUCUAUCGUCCAUAUGGCAUAACCAAAAUCUGAUAGUUCAUAAUGAGUGUGGUCUUUCCCCUCUGCAAGUCUGGGAAAUGGCGAAGGGAGUUGUUAAGGACUUCCAGGAAGCUAACCCAAUAUACCUAUCCACGAAGCAACCAUCGAAUGGUGGCUGGGUAGCGCCUCCCCCGGGUUUUUUCAAAAUUAAUGUGGAUGGUGUGUCUUCCUUGGAUGGUCAGGGGGUGUUGGGAGUGGGAGUGAUCAUUCGUGAUGCUAAAGGUGGUGUGGUUAUUGCUCUUAGUAAAGCUUUGCCUAUGCACUAUCCAGCUGAAUGGACUGAGCUCUAUGGAGCAAGGUGUUCUUUUGGCUCGGGAAAUGGCUGUCCAGCUGGCCAUCUUUGA